UGUUUUAGUUUUUUUGUUACUCUUAACAACUGACAUUUUUCUGGGUGGAAAGACAUGCUCCAAUUUGAUUCCCAUUUCUGUAAUUCAUCUAAUUCUCUUUGUAAAAUAUCUGUGUCUUGUGUUGUUUUUAUUGUUCUAUAUAUUAUGCAAUCGUCUGCAAAUAAUCUGACUUUUGUUCCUGAACUAAUGCAAUUUGGUAAAUCAUUUAUGUAAAUUAAAAAUAGUAGUGGACCCAAGACUGUACCUUGAGGUACACCUGAGUUUACUGUUAUCGGUGUUGAUUUAGAGCCAUUUAUUAUUACAGUUUGUUCUCUCCCUAUCAGAAAGUCUUUAAUCCACUGAUGCAGUGGACCAUUAAUGCUGAAAUAUUUUAAUUUUUUAAGCAAACUAUGGUGGUGAACUUUGUCAAAAGCCUUAGAAAAAUCUAGCUGAGCAGUGUAAGGAUGAGGGAAACAAAUGUAUUAAAGAAGGGAAGCAUACUGAAGCAAUAUUUCACUACACAGAAGCCAUAAGACAUGAGCCUAAUAGUGCUAUAUUGUACAGCAAUAGAGCAUUAGCCUUUUUGAAAAUUGAUCAGCUUUAUUUAGCAAUGGAAGAUGCACAAAAAGCAAUCAAACUAGAGCCUAGCUGGCCUAAAGGGUUUUACAGAAAAGGAGAGAUUGAAUUCAAAGCAGGUCAUUAUAACAAGGCAUUAUUAUCAUAUAAACAAGCUUUAACACUUGACCCAGCAGAUGAUGGCAUCAUUGCUGCCAUUUCUAAAACAAAUAAAGAAAUCGCCAAAGACAAAAAAGAUGCAGUUCGCAAACCUUUAGUGUAUACUUGCCUGGGAUUUGCAGUUGGAAUUUUUAUUGUAGCUGCUGAUCAAUUUAUUGCAGUUAAACCUUCAAUACCGCAUUCAAUUUUACAAGUUCUUUUGGUUCUUAGUUGUGGUGGUGUUGGUUUUAUGAUAUCCAAAGUUCAUAGAUAUUUAGUUGUAAGUCAGCGAGAAUCUUUGUUGGAAGAACCAAUAGAUCUUCUAAAAGAAAUGGACAACACAAGUAAAUCAAAUGAUUCCACAAGUUCAUCUGUCCCUUUAGAUAAGUCUAAGCCUAUUAAGAGAAAGACACAGAAAGGAAAAGCCUAACCAGAUGGUUGAGAAUAAUUAUUUACCAGCCAAUGUUGACUAAUCAGUAAAGAUGCCUUUGUGAUGCUGUUUUUUUUUGUUUUUUUUUUUAUUCAUGAACUCAUUUCUCUGAACAUCUAAUCUGAAUUUUUAAUUCUUUUAACUUUUUUUUUUACUCUUCUUAAAAAUGUUUAUUCAGUGUAGUAAAAGAUGAAUUCACUUUGUAAUGUGUGUACUGGAUGCACAUAUAUUGAACAACUACAAUUUUGUUUGAAAUGUUUUUUUCAAAAUUAAACCAUCAUCAAACUCAUGAGAGGGAGGGCUUAAGCAGCUCAAAUCCUCUCUUCCAAAAAUCUUGCAGUUAUUUGUAAUACAUGGAUGUUUCCAUAUAUAAGCAAGUGACUAUCAAGACCUGUUGACUGACAAGUUUAGGACAGUAAAAAAAGAAUACAAGACUUGAUUUCAUUUUCUUCCCCACUUUGAGUGGAAGUUUGACAUGAACAAUGUUAACAAGAUUUAGAAGACUGUGGUUAAUCCUACACUGUGCUAUAAAAGCUUGUUCAGGCCUGUGUAUCCUCCACCACAAGGAGACCCAAUUAGGGCACCUCGUUUGCUCUCAGACUCUAUGGACUUUAUUCUAACACUCAAACCAUUUUUCUGCUUCUGUUUUAUAUGGUUAUUGAGCAUGAUGAAAGCUCCUAUUUUGCUGGAUGGACUGUGGCAGCCCUUCUUGUUAGAGAGCCUGCAGUAGUGUCACCAGACAUACAUAUGUAUACAUAUAAUUUUAUGUUCAUUCAUUUUCUAGUCUAAAAAAAAAUAUUGCACUAUGUUUGAAUACUAAUAUAUAUAAGUGUGAUCAAAUAUUUUUGUUCUGGCAGACUGACAACUUAACAAUACAGCCUAUACUCUAAGAAGCUACCUCCAUGUAUCAAAGAGUCAAGCUAUCAAAGCUACUUUGUCACACCUUCCCCAUUUUUUCCUUCAGUGCUUACAAUAGCUAACAAAAAUAGAUGACAUAUGACAACUUUUUAAAGUUGUAUCCAUAUCAGUCAAUUACAAUUAAAUGUAACAAACCAGUUAUUAAAACUUGUAUUUACCUAUGUUAUUCAGAUAUUACCAGUUUAACUCUGUAAUAAAAAAAAAUCAUGAUAGCUUUUAUUGAAUGUUUACAUAUAAUUAAAAGCAUGCCUAAAAAUUAAACUAUUUUAAUCCUCUUACGUCAAAAUGUUUUAAAUACCUGUACCUUUAAGAUUUUUCCAGAUUUGUUUUUUCAAAUAAAUGUAUUUGAUAGUGAUCUUUGUAGAUUGGGUUUUUAUUUGUAAACUUCCAUCAACUUAAAAGGAUUCUUCAUUAAGCAAUGCCUUUUAAAUCAGUUAUGCAAAGCUAAAAAUGUUGAUUCUAUUUUAAUGUCCUUAAAUAUUUGAGAGGAUGACAAAAAUCUUAUGACAAAUGCCUUAUUGUUUUAAAAGAUCUGUUACACAUGACUGACCAUAUAUAUUAUAAAUGGUUGUAAGACAUUUCUUGAGGACCAAAGUUUUUUUUUAAUUGUAAAAUUUCAUGUAUUGAAAUGCAUUAUUUUUUUCUGUUCAUUUUUUUAUUUAUUUAUUAUAUUAGCAUUUAUAAACCCAAAUGCUGGAAUUAUAAGAAUAUAAUAUUCUUCAUAUUUUUUUUUUUAUCUUUAAAAAUUUCACUAUAUUUUAGUAACAGGUAAGAAUGAAAGUGCAUAGUAACUUGUAUCUUUUUUUUUUUUACUUUCAACUUUGUUAAGCAUGAAAGUGUCACAUUUUCUUUGCUAGGAGUGUCAUUGAAUAAUAUUUCUUCAUCUCAUUAUUGCGUAAAUGAUUUUUUAAAACUCUUUUUAUUAAAUCAUUGUUUAUCAAAGUGUCAAGAGUGACAGAAGGUCAUGUUACAAGAUACUCAAUCGAUUUGAAUAUCAAAAUAUGUUUACAUUAUUUAUAAUGACAUACCGGUAUUCCUUUGUUAGCCAGUAACCAGCUAAAGAUUAAAACAAAGCAAAACAAAGUUUAAAAUGUUUUGUUUAACACUAAAUAAUAUUUUGUGUUGAAAAGUGGGAGAUGUUUUUACUGUUUACCAAAAAUGGUUAAGCAUUUGUGAAACUGGUUAUUUUUUUUUUUAUUUAUUAAAAACAAAUUAAAUAAAAAUGUGUUUGAUUUA